AUGGUGACUGACGAACUUGUUGGUGAUGUGAAAAGAGCAAGGUUUUUUUCAGUUUUAGCAGAUGAAGCAACAGAUUGCUCAAACAGUGAACAGAUGGCUAUGGUUUUGAGAUUUGUUGACAGUUGUUCAAUGAAAAUUCGGGAAGAGUUUUUAGGAUUCAUUCAGUGUAAUGAUGGAUUGUCUGGCGAAGCAUUAUCUGUAAACAUUUUGCAAUUUAUCAGCAGCCUUGGCUUACACAUGGAAGAAUGUCGCGGUCAAGGAUAUGAUGGAGCAGGAAAUAUGGCUGGCAAGUUCUCUGGAGUUGCUGCUCGAAUCCAGCGAAAUUUCGAUAAAGCUAUUUACGUUCACUGUGGUUCUCACAUCUUAAAUCUCUGCAUUGCAUCUUCCUGCAGUUUACCUGUAAUUCGUGACAUGAUGGAUAACGUGAGAGCUGUUUCUGAUUUCUUCAAUAAUUCUCCAAAACGAACUCUGGUGUUGCAAGAAAGCCUAAAAGUGUUACUGCCCUUGAAAGCCAUCAGAAACUGA